UGAUGAUGUGUUCGUCAUAUCUGUCACGUCAACCAUUUUACCCAGACUGUGCACGAUUCACGAUUGCAGCAAAAAAUCAAGAAAUUGAAUUGGGGUGGAGGUUUUCAUUUUGAGGUUAUGUUAUCAUGUCAGUCGAAAAAGUCAAAAGAAAAAGUAUUUCCCCAAUUACAUACUUCUGUCUGUUUGUGUUUUUCCAUGUAUCCUCAAGUUAUUCUCUCGGUUCUUUGAGUUGUGAUAAAAUAUUCGUAAUAGUGUGAACUGUAGUCUCAUUGUGACUUGGGUGCCAGGCUAAAUUAUGUAGAAGACUUCUUACAUUGCAUCUGUCCUUACUUUUGUGGAACACUUUUUUUAUAACCAGAGAAAAUGAAAUUAUUCGUGCAUUAUGAUACCUCUGGACAUUCUAGAUUCGUAUAUGAUUGUUAUAAGCUCGGCAUGUGUGUUAUAUGUUCUUUUCAUGGUACUCCUUCUCUUUUGUUUUUUGCGAAACUUCAAGAGCACUGAGGAAGACCGAGAAAGAUUGCACUGUGACUAUCCCAUAGAAUUGACAUCUGUAUCUAAUGUCUAUCAGCCCUGCAGUGUGGAUCAGGGUGAAACCGUUUCCUGUCCACCGAGCACAGCAGCGCUCAAAGUUUACAGAAUUUCCAAACCUCUCACCAAAAUUGAUAUAAGUCAGAUGGAGCGAUUAGCAUCAUGAUAGCAUUAUUUCCAAGACUGGAAGGUUGAAAGCUUUUGGAGUGCCGAAGUAUUAUUGACAAGUGAGAGUCUUUCUUAAUUCCCGCCUCGUGUCUGGGUGACUUGGACUUCAUCUGGAAUCCUUUACAAGAAGAGGAUUACCAUCGUUUUAUUUGUCUUUGAAUUCCAUUUUGAUAAGUAAGUCUGUAAGAAUGUAGGUAGUCCUUCAAUUGUCAUCAUUUUAGAUUGCAUAGUGUUGCUACAAUUCUCAACUUAGGGCUGUGUGUUUUAAGCAAGCCCAGUGUUAUCAGACUUUAUUCUUCUUUACUGUCAGUAUUUUUUAUCAGUAUUAUUGGUUUUUGUAUUAUAUUAAUAUUCCACUAGUAUUGGAAAAAUUCAAGUCUGUAAAAUAUGAAACAGAUUUACUCUUUGUUUACGUGCUACCUUUUUGGGUUUAAUCUGAUCGAUGUUGAAGGCUACCCAUUACUCUCAGAAAAUUACAACGAAUCAGUGGCAGCGCACUUAGGUUUCAACUCAUUCUAUAUCACUAUUCUGGUCAUUUUAGGCUUGUCUGCAACAUUCCUUGCAGGUUGUUUAUGUUGUAAAAGGAAAAAAGGGUUCCAGGAAUUCUCAUCACAAACAAGAAGUACUGCAAGGAGUAAUAUUGAAUUUGCAAAUCCGCUUUCAACUGUCAAUACUCAAUCUGAGAUUACGCUUUUUCCUCCAUCAGGAGCCACUCCAAUAACGUUCGAUCCAUUACCUCCAUUGACUCCAAAACAUCAACAAGUGCCUGCUCUUAAUCCACGACCAGCUGCUUUCACUGAUGCUCUUACAAAAGGUAUAUCAGUCCAAGCAUGGUUCCAAGAACCACAAGAUGAUUUCCCACGGCAGCAGUUGCACUACUUAAGAGAAUGUGGUCGAGGUUGGUUUGGUAGAGUUGUCGAAGGUGAGGCCCGAGGUAUUCUUCCCAAUGGAAGGACAAGUCGUGUGAUAGUUAGAAUUUUGCGUGAAGGCGCCUCUGAUUCAGAGCAGAAAUUUUUCUUACAUGAAGCCAGACCAUACAUGGAACUUAGUCAUCCGAAUAUUUUAAGGUUACUUGGCAGAUGUCUGGAAAAUGAUCCAUUUCUUCUCUUAUUUGAAGCAUGUAAUGGAGGUGAUUUGAAAAGCUGGCUCUCUCAAAAUAUUGCCAGUAGAGAGACUUUAACUCAACAGGGAAUCACUCUUCGGAUGGCAGCUGAUAUUGCUACAGGUCUUGCACACAUGAACCAUCAUGGCUUUGUUCACACUGACCUUGCUGCACGUAAUGUUCUCGUAACUUCAGAUCUACGAAUCAAAGUUGGUGACUAUGGCACAAGCUUUGAAACGUUCAAAGAUGAUUACUAUUGUCUUGAUGUAGUUGCAUUACCAAUUCGAUGGUGCGCACCUGAAUCCUUGCUUUGCACGGAUACUACAAUUGAAACGAAGGAAGUGACAGCUCCAGCUAAUGUAUGGAGUUUUGGUGUAGUUUUAUGGGAAAUCUGCGAAUUUGGCAAGUUGCCGUACACCAACCUGUCUGAUGAUCAAGUCAUUGUUCAAGUUUUAGGAAGUGAAAAAGUGCGCUUGCCUGAACCAAGUUUUCCCUCACCGUUUAAAAAUCAUCUGUAUUAUUUAAUGCAGCUGUGUUGGCGAAAUCACAAAGAACGCCCAUCAAUUAGCCAUAUCCUCUCCAUGCUGAAUCAUCUACUUACAUCAAAAAUCAAGACACCAAAUGAUAUGGAUGAUUUUGAGCGCAGAUGGGAAAAUAUGAAACCAAACACUGUCCCCAAAACAGAUAAUCACACUCCAACCAUAUCUGAAGACAGAGUCAAAAGUGAUAAUGACUCUGGAGUUGUUAUGGAUAAUAAGCAUUCAGCAUUUACUGGAUCAGAAAUGGAUUUAAGCAGUAAAAAAUUACUAGCUGAGAGCUCUUCAUCAAUGACUAUCUCACCGCAAUUAUCUGUCAGCAGCUCUGGUGGAGAAUUUUUCUCCCAAACCUCUUCGCCAAUCAAACUCAAAUCACCAAGUUUGCAAAAUUUACAAGGCUCUUUAGAGGAUAUAAAUGAAGGGAAGGGGAUAGAUCGCUCGGUGGAAGAUGUUCGAAUGGAUAAAUGGUUACAGAAUAUUGAAAUCAAGAAUGAAAAAGAUGCAAAGUUAGUGAGUGGUGUUUACAAAGCGAUUAACGAUCUUGACACUGCUCUGAGCUUAGAGAAGACCUCCUCCUCCAACGAAUCUAGUUAUGAUAGUCCCUCCACGAAUCGCAGAUUGUCCGGCAUUACGAGUGCAAAUCCUGUGCCAGAAUUCAAACUCGGUCCUUUUGUGAACAGCAAUUUCCUCAUGGAUCGGAGACUCAAAUUUCCCCCUGAUAGUUUUCAAGAUGAUAGCUUUCUCAUGAGGAGGACUGGUGACUCUUCAGGCACUGAUACCGAGGAUGAAAUCUGGAGACGAAAAAUUGAAAGAGGAGAAUUCUCUGAAAAAGUAAAGGAAAAGUCAAAAAGUAUAGCAGAUCUUAUGGUUCUCACACACAUUGAUAAUAGUGAUGGUAGUGAGUCAGACUCUUUGCCAUCUUUCAGUUUCAAUAAAAUUGUGCGACAGAACACCAAAGCCAAUGCCCUCACCAGUAGCAUCGCUUUUGGAAGUGAUAAGUGUAUUUACUCCAGUUUAACAGCAGAGCAGUCAGACAGUGAUUUGAAGAAAUUUCAGAAUGCCUUGAAGAAAAAAGAUAUGGAUGAUCCGUCCCUAAAUUUUUUGCGUAGAGAUAGUUUAACUUACUUUAUAAAUAACCCAAAUUUUAAAUUUAGUGAUUUAAGCUCUACUAACUCUUCCAAUUUCCAUCAAACGGACCAUUUUUUAGAGAUAAGAGCCUCGGAGAAAACUAAUUCAUCCAAAAUCACCUCAAAAAACCAAAGUACAGAGCCUUUAAUACCCAUAAAGUCCAUGCCAGAAGAUGAAGUCUCGGUUUCCAGUAAGCCAAUUAGUCCAGCAACUACAAGUGUAGUUUUAGACAGUGAGUCUGAAAUACCAAGUACAACAUCUAUGACUGACGUUAUCAACUUGACGAAUCAUCUUUCUUCAGAGAUUUCAGAUGAUGAUGUACUUAAAAAGUCUUCAAAUGGUCAGCCCUGUCAUGUAGAAGAACAUACUGCAAUGAUCCUUGAUGAGAAUGGUAGAAGUAACGUUCAUUAUGAUGCACUGUUAGGAAAUUGCAAGCAAGAGCAAGAUAAUCCUACAAUAAAUUCUGCCUUAGCUAACAAAAUGUCACCUGGCAUAAGUCACCAUAAUGAGUCCAGUGGAAAAGAAAAGAUUAUAGACACACUUGAUAGUUGGAAUCUGACGGUUGAAGAAUUGAAACCAGACUUUAUCAUCAAUUCUACUAUCAAAGAUGAUGUGGUGAAGACCAGUGAUAGGAAUAAAUCAUCUCACUACAACUUGAACGAGGAGGAACCAGACUCCAACUUUGGUAGUUGGAACACACAUCCAUGUACAGAGAAAAAAGGUGCCCAAGACAAGGAGCAAAGACAAGAGACUUCUGACGUCAACACUGACAGUGAAAAGGAAGGGAGUAAACUUAAGAUAAUUGAUUUUGAGCUUGGUGAUUCAGGAAUUAUUUUCGAUGAGUCCUCAGAAAAUACGCAAUUCAUCUUGCCAGUCUCAUUGGAAACUAAUCUAGAAAAUACAGUAAUUUUAGGUUCUUGUGAAGAUUUCACACUAGGUUUGUACAAAGGCCUCAAAACAAAUUCAGGUAAUGAACUAAACUCGGAGCAAGAUAAUGAAGAUGGAGACGAAAAAGGAAUUGUUCUGGAAUGGAACAGGAAGAACAAAUUGGAUGGAAAAAGUGUACAUGAAAAUCAUCUUGAACUAAAAAAUAGGGAUUUGGAUGAGAAUUGUGAUAAAAUAUAUAUUGAGACUGUUGAUAAUUGUGAUUUUGUACCUGAAACUAUGGGUGAUUAUACUUAUAAUCGUUUCUAUGAAGAUCAGUCUGAUGACACGUAUCUUGAUUCAGGAAAAUCUUCGGAUGUUCUUGAUGAUGAUAAUUAUGAGUUGCGGCCUUACACCAGUUAUAAUAAUUUAGCUGACCAAAGUUAUUUUAGCCAAGAAUUACAAGAAGGUGAAGAUUGUUCGAAUGAACGGAGACAGUAUUUUGCCAAACACAUUGAUCGUUCAAAUACAAGCCGUAGCCCAGGUGUAAGUACAGAAGAUUUGGCUCUUAAAGCUUUGACACCAGAUGAUGAAAAGAGUAGUGAUACUGGUUUUAGAGACAAAAGUAGUCCAAGUGAAAGCUGUGAUGAUAUGUACAAUAACAAGUAUAAUUUGGAGGAUAUAGAAAAUGAGUUGAAAGACUCCCAACGUACUUCUCCUAUUGAGAGCCUUGAAUUAAAUCCUCAACAUGAAAUUCAGGUUCAUGAUUCAUGUGAAAUUAGGAAGUCUGGUGUAAACAACUCAUUCAUGUCGGAAAAUGGAUUGAGGAAGGAACCAUUUUCUUACCAUUGUGACGAAAAUGUCGAAAUUGUAAAGAACAACUUGCAAAGCAUGCCGAAUUACAAUGCAAAUGAUAACAACAUAGUGGAUAAAUUACAAUCAUUAAACAAAGAGGAUGACAGAACAGCCACCGAAGAUGCGCCUAGAAUUGAGGAAGACGAAAAGCCACCCCCUAGCUAUGAAGAAUAUGAGCGACUUCAUGGUAAGUUCCAACCAUUUAAAUUGAACCGAAACUCAUACGAUUUCGAAAGUUCCUUCUGCACUAAUGAAGAUGACAGGUUAAGGUUGUCGCUUGAAAAAUGUCACUCAGCCUCAUCUUCUGAUUCAGAAGAGGAAAGACAACAAGAUAGAAUUCACGAGGGAGGCCAAGGAUGGUAUUUGCACUCAAGAAAUCCUCAGCAUUUGGAGUCAGUGGAUAGCAGUUGGCUCCCAGAAGAAAUCACAGAUGACAAUGACAGGGGUGAGGCUGUUAAUGAAGAAUAUCUAAUGGCAAUUCGGAAUGAAUUAAAUGAGAAAUUACUAAAAAUGCAUCUUCCAGGUCUCAACUCAGAGGAAGAGGAAGAAUCAACUCAUGAUGAUCUUAUUAUUUGUGAAGAUUUUGAAUCAAAGAGAAAUCCCAGAAAAGCUACAAAUAUAUUUAUUCAGUACAGCAAUUUCUCAGACUACUUAUCCCCGAUCGCAGAAGAAGAUGAAAACAGAUGUUCUAGUAGUUCCUCAUCUAUUUCUGACACUUCCGAUAUUUCUAGAACUUUAAGUCUUCAUGACACUGAAAAAGAAGGAAUCGACUAUGAAAGUGCACCAGCCUACACCCCAGCAUUGCAAGAGUGCCAAGAGCUUACUACGAUUUUCCCAGAUUCAAGUGAGACUCAGAUAUUAAAAAAUUCAGGUCUUAAAUCUCAACAGCUCAAUCCAUCUUACUCUCUAGAACUGACUACGGACCAACUUGAGAAUGCAGAUCCUUACUCUGAAUAUUCUGUCGGUAGUAUUACACCAGUGACUGGUUCGCCAAGUGCUACUAAUCCUAAUGCAACCUUCUCAUCUUUAAACGAGAGUCUCUCAGAAGUUUUUCUAUCUCCUAACUCAGCUCAGUCAGAUUUAAAUUUCACGGAUGAUAAAACAAUUCACUCCUCAUCGGACGAAGAUAGUGGCACAGACAUAGAAACUGACGAAUGUCCUCUUUCGCCCUCCAAGGAAUCAGAGGCUAUUCAGGAACAAUCCAACUUUACAAAAAACGUAAACGAAUUGCUGUUACAAUCUUCAUGCAUUCUGAAUGAUGAAAGGGAAAGUAAAAACUCUGUAGAGGGCUCCCAGCCACACAAUGGGAAGACAUGUGCCUCAUUAAAUUGCAAUGAAACUAAAUUAAGUGAGACUGUAUUCACUCCUCAAAAUUCUGACACCAGCAAUGUUGCUGAUGAAAUGAAAGGCAGUGCUUCCAAUUACUCAUUGAAUCAUAAUUCAUUGAUCAGCUCUCAUUCAGAGCCUCGAACAUCUGAGACUCUCUCACUUUCUUCCACCAUAAAAAAUCAAGUUGAGCUAAGUUCCACCUUAGCUUUUGAAGAUUCAGUGACAGAAGUGAAUAUAAAGCCUCCAACACAUAACAACAACAGUUUGAUUGGUGGUAGUGAAGAUGGUGACCCAGAUCAGGACCCGAAAGAAAAUUAUAAAAACUACUGUCGAAAAAAAUUUAAAAUUACCAAAGUAGAUGAAAGCAUUAAACCAACGUUGAGUGAAGAUUUUGGUAAGAAGGUGAACGAAUUUAGUAGUGAUCAAAAAAUUAUCGUAGACAACGCGGAGCUCAACCGAAGACUGAAUGAAAUAAAUAGAGUGGCGCAUGGCAGAUUAGAAAUUAAUUUACCAACCUCUGAAGUGAGUGUGCCUCUGCCCUCUCCGUCUGACCAGAAUGACUGUCUGCACCCAUCUUCAUGGCUAGUCCUGCCAAAACUGUCAGACCUUAAAAAUUUGGAGAAGCUAAGUGUCUCUGAAGCCAAUAAUAACGAUGAUCAAAUGAUGUCCACCUCUUUUAUUGAUUCUAAUAGUGCUGAGAAUUCUGACAUAGAAGAGACUUUAGACUCAGACAACAACUGGAAUGAAGAAAGUAGAGUUACGGACUCUAAAGCUGUGAUAGACGAUGGAGACUUUUGGUGCGGAAGCUCUGAAUUAAACGCUGCUUUGAAUCAUAUUGUACAGGAAGAAGAUUCAGUUGAAAAAGAUGAUGAUUACGAUGAUGAAGACGAUGAAGACACAGCAGAAUUCGUCCCGUCAUCAUGGAAUAGUCAAGCGACUCCCAUUAAAUCGGCACUUAAGAGUCCUGAAAUGAAGAGUGAGCCAAAGAAAAGUGUGUCUUUCAAACGACAGCGAUACCACUGUGUUUACGAGUACCCAAGAGAGGAGCAUUCAGACUCUGAAGAAGCCUCGUGGGAAAAUAAUUCUCGUUUCUCUCCUCUCAUCAAUUUUGACUUCUCAGAGUAUACUGACUGGGAGAUGGGUGUCUCCGAUGACGGCUUGUCUGUGGAAUCCUCUCAAGAGUCAGAAACAGAAAUAGUCAAACCCAGUGAGAAGCACAAUGUUUAUGCUCUUACUCCGAUUGAUAAAGAUUUCUCCUUCAACCCAUCAUUAGAUGAUGAUGAGUUUUUCAUCAGCAGUUCUACACGUCCAUUCAAGAAUGAUCAAGUCUCUCUUAAUUGCCAAUUUUUUCCGGGAAAAACUUAUUUAGAUGACAAUUUUACCCCUCUUGCUGCAGAUAUUGGCGAAGAAAGUAAAAUUGAAAAAGAAUUGUAAGAGGCUCAAUAUGUAUGUCGUUUAUUUUUUCACUAAGUAAUUGGUAUUCUUCUUCCUUUGCUACUGAAUGAACUUCUAAAUUUUGGUGGUAUAAAUUCUCCAAUCUGUAUCUUUCUGAUAUCACCAUAGGAGCAGGAGUUCCUUGCCAAAUGCUAACAUGCAUAAUGCUCCGUCAAAAGGAUGGCAGUAUGAGUGUGCCAGUAAGAAUUUUUUCUUAUACUAAUGAGUAGAAUCCCAUACGUUCAUAUAUUAUGAGAUAACGGAGGCAGUAAUUACAUCAUAUUUUAGGAAGCUUAAAAUUCUGGAUCACCCAUUAAUUAAUGUAUCAGUAGUUGUAAACGUUUAAAGCAGACCUGUUAGCUUAUCAAUGAAGUCAUCAAAUAAUUAUUGUGAAGUGUAGUGCUGCUGUAUCCUGUUCAGAAGACUAUAAUUUUAGACAACUUUUGAAGAGCAUGAGACUGAUCGUUAAAUGGGAUUGUAGACCUCACCUCGGACACCAUCUUAAAGUUUACAUACUGUUGCCGUGUGACAGUGCCACAAUAAUGAACGACUGCAAAUUAUAUGUCAUGGCAAGAUUUUUUUUAUGGAAGUACAUAACUGUCAUGUACAUUUGUAAUUAGUCUACAUUUAACUCAUUAUAUUCAGUAGGUGCAUAAUGUACCAUAAAAAUUGAUAUCUUCAUAUUGUACCUAGAAUGCUACAAUUUAUGAUGGAGCUUCAUGUGUUAACUCCUACUCUGAGUCAUCAUCAGUAACCUGAAAAAGUGUCACUUGGAGUGACUGUAACACUUUUGAAAACUCUAGGUUUAGGUCUUCCAAUCAUUUGUCUAUUACUCAAUUAUUUUCAGAGUCAUUAUGUUUGUUUUAUUAUUGAAAUUAGUUAUCUUCGUUCAAUUUAAACCAUCUGUUGAAUUAUUUUAAUGCUCAAUGAGAUCUUUUUAAAAACAAGUCACUAAUGGCAAUACUAGUGGCGAAUAUUUAUCAUUGAUUUGGACUAACUGAUCAUUAUUGAGAAAUGAUUUUGUGCAAUAGCUUUUAGUUUUGCUUAUGUUCUUAAGGAGUAAUAGAGAUCAAGUGACAUCAUUUAAAGCCUUUGAUACAUUUCAAUGUUUCCAAUCAUACCAAAGGAUCUGAUCAGCUUGUUUCGGUUUUCCUACUCUUGAGAGAGUGGUAAAAGCCUAAUAAGGUUAUCAAGGUUAAAUAAAUUGCAUCAAAAGGUUGUAAUGAAAUCACUAUAUCAGUUGCUUAGACCUUUUCAAUGGUCAAUAUACUUCAUAAACUAACCCAAAGCCAAAUAAUCUGUGAAAGGCUGCUGUAGUUUUUGAAUCACCUACAUACUUAAUUUUCAUUAACAAUUAAAGAAAGAGUGAACAUGAGAUGAUAGAUAUUGAUCAUUUGAAUUGUAACUUGAGGCUAAUGAAUCGGGGUUUGAUUAGCACGAAAAUUUCGUAGGUUGCAGGGACCGGUGUAAAUUUCCCUCAAGGCUUUUUACUUAUUUAUUCGGAAUGAGUCAUCCCUAGGGAUGGAAACUCAAAAAUGUCUUGGCUUGAGAUCAAGGAGAGAACUCAAAGUAAAGUCAUUUCCACCCACUGAAUGGGAGCUCUUGCAUGCCUCAGAGAUUUGCAAUAUAAAUACUCACACUCCCAUAAAAUUUUGCAAGAGACACAAUGAUGCCUCUGUGUAUCUCUGAAAAAAGUUCCCUAGCCCAAAAAAAGCUCUCCAAGUUGAGGGGAUCCCCUAUACUAUGCUGAGAGUGUACCUCUAUGUCCAGUCAAUUUUUCCAUGUGCAGAUAGGGAUCGAAUACAUUAGCUGUGUUGUGACUUUGUUUUUGAACUCCAAAGCUGGAAGCAUGGGAAUCCUGCCCGUGUAUUCGCUCUUCGUUUGUGCAUGGAGAAUUUGACUGGAUUCAGAAUUGACCUCUCAGAGUCUCAGCACAGUGGGUCCCUUCCAUUACACCCUCAUCUUUUUUUGGAGCUCAUUUCCGAGAAAACCGGUGGCACCAUCAAGUUUCUCGCAAAAUUUCACAUGGAAAAGCACUUACAUCGUAAAUCCCUGAUGCGUGCAAGAGCUCUAUUGAAAUCCCUUCAUUUUCAGCAGUCUCUUUACUUCUGUGCGUACCAUUUAGUAGGUCCAUAAACUCUUCCAAUCUUAUUCAUAAUAGUUUUUAAUUAGACUCAUCAGUAAAUUGAACUAUAACCAUCUAGCACUCAUACAGGUCACUAACUUAGUUCUCAGACCAGUGAUUCUCAAAAACUGAAUGAAAAACUGUGACAGCCAUCCGUGUUUAGUUGUGCCUCGUGUUUCCUUAACAUUAAUCUUAAGAGGUAACUGGAAUCCGUCUCAAUUUUCAUUUUGUAUCACUUUUAAUUGUACAUUUUUUGUAAGUAUUUUAUUUGUUUUAAAGUGUAAAUUAAUAAAGUAGGUAUUCGCAAUGUAUUGUAAGCAAUGAUGACUUUUUUCCAGUGAUCCUGUCUAGUUGCAGCACUCGUACAUUUGAACAAUUAGUUGCAACCUGUGCACUGUCGAUACCCAGAAGAGGCAAAAAAUGUUUAAAUUUUCCAUGUUUUUGUUUGAUUGUGAUAGUACUCAGAAAAAUGAUGCAGUAAAUGAUAUUACUAAACAUUUUGGUAUUUUACUGAUUCCUUUUCAAUGCUGCAAGGAGUGCUUCAGUUUUGCAGCCCUUUCCCAUCCAUUGCUACUUUUAAGCCAUUUUUAGUGCUGUACUGUUCAGUUUGUACCUACCUCCAUUUCAAUCCAUGAGUUUGACCCUGAUGAGGCAUGUUAACUUUUAUAUUUCAUCUCUUCACUCUAAACAGCCCUGAAGUAUUCUUAAAUCUACAUCUUGGGUCUUUACAUGUGCUCUCAGAGGAUUGAGGUGGAGCUUUCUUUGGUGGAUAUUGAUGAAGAAAAUUGUAUUAUUUUCAAAUUGAAAUUUUUGAUACCUGCCACAGGAUCAAGCUCCAUUUUAAUCAUUCAGCUCGGAAAAAUGUGCAGCAGUGGUAAGCAAGCAUCAAUUUAGUCAGCUAAGUCUUGAACUCGAUAUAUUUAUUCAGUCUUAUUUAAAAAUGUAGGCGCUGAGUAUCUAUUAGCAAAUUCCUGAAAUUACCAAAGACUGGGAAAAUAUAAUUUUUGAGUUCAUUACAGAUGAUUGAGCCUCACAGUUUCAUCAUUGAAUCACUUGUAUCUUAUUCACAUAGAAAUUAUGUUUAGUGUAUCAGGAACUUGAUGUAGUUCUUAAUUUUGGGUCCAUGUGUAACUUUAAAAAAAAGGACUAAGUACGUUAACUAAUUUAUACCGAUAUUUGAAAAAUGUACCUUAACUUAUGAAUUAUUAAACUGUUCAGAGGUUUUAUUCAGUUCAA